CCAGGACGUGCUGCAGAGAUGGUUGGCCUGGGAAGGCCUCGGGACCCCACCAGGAAGAGUCGGAUGAAGUGGCCGGGGGAGAUGAGGCAAGUCUGGCCAUUUAGGUCUCACACAUUUCAGAUGGUUUAUGAUUAGAACACAGAUUCGUGUAUUGCUCGUAUUUGUUAUUUAUGUGGCCCGGGCCUCGAUAACACUCCACAACACUGCUUGUUACCUUACUUGAGAGUCGUGUGUGUGUGUGGGGGGGGGGGGGGGUUCUUUUUUAAACUGUUGCUUUCUUUCUAGGUCAGGCUGAUACCAGAUGAACGUCUCGGUCAUCGCAGUGAAUGUCGCGCCGGCCCUGACCUUCCCCGUCCCACCCGAGUCCAGCUGUUCCCACAAUGGAGAGUUUCCCAAGCCCCCCCAGCCCCCAGAGUGCCCUGGCUCCCGACCCCCUUCUCGUCCCGCACUCCCCCUGGCCUUACCGCCCGCCCGCCUGCUCAUCUUGGCAGCCGAACAAGCAGGGAGGAUCGGUCCGACCGGGCGGCCGAGAUAAGGCCCGCACCGAGUUCCCCACAUUACCUCACUCGAUAAGGGAACCAACGAGACGGGGCGGAUGGGGUCCCACUUUUUUUCUUUUUUUUUAUGGGGUGGGGGGAUGCUCUGAACGGAUGCUGAUGCACUGGGAUAUUUGCUUGCAGACUGCGAGACGGAGCUGCAGAGAGACGGCGGGACCCGCUUGGGGAAACGCUCCGGACGGAUGCCGAUGCGCUCCCCACUUUUCUUCGUGGACUCCUCCCCCCUUGUUCAUGGUCAAGGUCCCGGACGCAGGUGCCACCGCCGUUACUGAAAAUUCUUGACUUCGGAUGAAUACGUGGCAGAACUCCUGAGUCCAUCAAUGUCAAAGCGCGGGAAUCGACCGGCGUCCGGCCGCCGGGCGUAGACGCCAACUCUCGGCUUUGGCGAAAGCUCCGGGCCGUCCGCGCCCAUCCGCUUCUUUCCCGCAGCGCUCAUGGCGGCAAACCCUUUGGAGAGUCUCAUGUCGGUCGCCGUGAGCCGCCGACCGGCAGAACCUGAGAGCCGGCGGGCCUCCGCCGGCACAAGCCUGCCAAAACGCAGGCGCGGCAUCGGCAGCGACCGGGAGCCGUCUUGUCUGGUGCCACCUGCUUGCGGGCCCAGAUCAAAAGCGAGGGAUCAAAAGCUCGCCCUCGGCGCGCCGCGCAGUCAUCACUCGCCAGAAAAUGCGGCACGGGAGAGGAGCCGCGUACGCAGCUUGCGUCAGGCCUUCCACAGCCUGCAGGAUGCCCUGCCCUCGGUCCCUCGCGACACCAAGUUGUCCAAGCUGGAUGUUCUGGUUCUGGCCACCAACUACAUAGCCUACCUGACGCAGAUCCUGGACCAGGGAAGAACUCUGAGCGAGUAUACCUUGCCGCCAAGACCGGGUGGAUACCUGCACCCAGUUAAGAAAUGGCCAAUGCGUUCCCUGCUCUACUGCGGCAGCGUCGGGGAGGUGCUCUCCGGAGUCCAAGCCGACGGGACGCCUCCGUCCAGACAGGACGCAUACCGACCCGAGCGUCCGGCGCAAGCAGACGAGGAGUGUUCGGAACAUGCGGGACGGCGACUCUAAUGACCUCCGCCCCCUUUCAAGCCACUUUCCCGAACCUUGGCACAAACCAUCAUGGGGUGCUCUCGUUCCAACAUAGGAAAAUGAAUUCUUGAGCUAUUGCUGACAUACGGUAAGUCUUGACUUUGAACGUGCUACUUUCCCAUGACGGACUGGAAAAAUUGAUAUCAGUCAGUGUGUCGCCAUUGGUGACGAUCACUUCAGCAUCCGACGAGGCUCUUGGAGCUCUACUUUCAAAUUAAAAACCACCAUGCCAGACCUGUCAACUUUUCGGAGCGCCGACCUGUAUAAAGUACCAAAAAAAAAAAAAUCCUUAUAACAUCCCAAAGCAUUUUAUAUGUCAAAAUAACGGCAGAACCCC